CGGGCGCCGCUCCGCCCCACGCUUAGGUGCCUGGCGUCUGGCAGUUCCCACCAUGGGUGAUCCGUCUGACGCUUUGCAGGCCUUCCUGAGCCAGCACCCGAGCCUGCGGCUGCUCCCGGGCGCCAGCAGGGUGCGCUGCUCCCUGACGGGCCACGAGCUGCCCUGCCGCCUGCCCGAGCUGCAGGUCUACACUCGCGGCAAGAAGUACCAGCGACUGGCGCGCGCCUCCCCGGUCUUCGACUACGCAGAGUUCGAGCCGCACAUCGUGCCCAGCACCAAGCACCCGCACCAGUUGUUCUGCAAACUCACUCUGCGGCACAUCAACAAGUCCCCAGAACACGUGCUGAGGCACACCCAGGGCCACCGGUACCAGAGAGCGCUGCGGAAAUAUGAGGAGUGUCAGAAGCAAGGCGUGGAGUUUGUCCCUGCCUGCCUACGGCACAGGCGGAGAAGGGAAUACCAGAUGGAUGGGGACAAGCCACUGGGCCCAAAAGACACCUUCUGGCAGCCAGAAUCCAGCGGCGAGGAGGCAGCCCUGAGUGACGACAGCAUGACAGACCUGUACCCACCCGAGCUGUUCACCAAAAAGGACCCAGGAGGGCCUAAGAAUGGGGGCGACACCGAUGACUUUCUGAUGGAGCCAAGGCCCCCAGAAAGGAAGAGCCUCAGGGACAGGAGGGAGAUGGAAGUGGCCCAUGAGCAGAUCUUUAAGCACAGGAAGAAGCAACAGCAGCAGGGCCCACUGACCAAGAAGCUCAAGACCCAUCACCGCAGGCCCAAGAGCUUGGGCUCCUUCAAGCAGGCGGGUUAGGACGGACCUCAGAGAAGGCCUUCGGUUGUCGCCUCGCUCAUUGGAGCCUCUGACCUUUGCUGAUCCCCCUCACCCCCGAGACAGGGCUGGGUGGCCUGCUCCGCACCCGGAAGCAGCAGGGAGGCAAGGAGAGUGCGCCCCUCUUCCGGCAAGGCUGUCAGCUCGCUGCACACAUGAGCGCCCUGCACACCAUCGUGGGAUCACGCCGCAUACACAAACGCCAUUAUUUAUUUUGAUGUUUCGAAAAAUUAAAAUGUUUUCCAACACA